AUAAUAUAUUUAUAUUUUCUGUGGUUAAUAUUUCUCAUCGAUUUCUAAAUUUCCAAAAAAAUUAAAUAAAUAAAAAAUCUACCAAAUUCUAAAUAAUUUAUUGUCCACAGUAAUUUAAAAACUUCUUGGAGUGUGAUUCUUAAGAGCUAUGCAGCUAAUACAAGAAAACGAAGCUUUACAAACCAACGAUGAAGAAAAUAUGAACUUAUGGCAAAGUAUCUUGAAUGAUGUACAGAAACAUGGAAAUCCGAAGUUGAAUCCCAAUAAACAGAUUGUAGUUUUGGGUGACAAUGAAUCAGGAAAGACCACUAUGGUAGCCAAGUUACAAGGCGUAGAAAAUUCUAGUAAAGGAUCUGGUUUAGAAUACGCUUACAUCAACGUUAGAGACGAUUAUCGUGACGAUCACACUCGACUGGGUGUGUGGGUAUUAGAUGGAGACCCGUCUCAUUCUGAUUUACUGAAAUUUGCAUUGAACGAAGAAAACUUUCAAGACACUUUAGUGAUACUUACAGUAUCUAUGACAACACCUUGGGGUAUAUUAGAGCAGCUCCAACACUGGUCCUCUGUGUUAGCUGAUCAUCUAGAUAAACUCAAGUUAGACAUAGAUUCCAGGCAGAAUAGAAGGCAGUCAAUGAUUAAAAAAUGGAUGGACUAUGUAGAACCAGGUGAUGAGCUAGAUCCAGCUUCACCAAUGAAAAGGAGUUCAAGGAACUUAGGAGAUGAUGAUAAUGAGGACUAUGAUAGUAGUGCUUUGCCUGAAGGAACCUUGACUACAAAUUUGGGGCUGGAUAUAGUCAUAGUUGUUACUAAAACUGAUUAUAUACAAACCCUUGAAAAGGAACAUGAUUACAGAGAUGAACACUUGGAUUUUAUGCAGCAGUGGAUCAGAAAAUUCUGUUUACAACACGGCGCUGCUUUGUUUUACACUAGCGCUAAAGAAGACAAGAAUUGUGAUCUGUUAUACAAGUAUUUGACUCAUCGAAUCUAUGGAUUUCCUUUCCACACACCAGCCCUAGUGGUGGAAAAGGAUGCAGUAUUUAUCCCUGCCGGAUGGGAUAAUAUGAAAAAAAUCAGUAUUCUACAUGAAAACAUGCAUUCCUGCAAGCCUGACGAUUAUUAUCGUGAUGUUAUUGUACAACCGGCUACUAGAAAGGCUGUAAAUAGAGAAACCGAGCUUAUUGCUGAAGAUGAGCAGGGAUUUUUAGCUAGAUUGCAGCAAAUAUCGUUUGGUGGAGCUCCUGCUCCUGGAGCAAGACUAGGAGAGAGCCCUAUGAGGCCUGGACCAAUCACAGGUAUGCAACCUUCUCCACGCAAACUUGAUGGUUCCAAGGUGGUCAGUACGCCUGGUGGUGAAGGAGUUUUGGCGAAUUUCUUCAAUUCAUUGCUACAUAAAAAAACGGGAUCGCCUAAUACUUCUUUGGUUAAUAAAUCAGGUUCGGAAUCUUUACCCGACAAGGCUACGAUGCGCUCAGAUGCGGCAGCUGAGCUGGAUAGAUUAGCUAGGGGAGGUAAAAAACCGCCCGCGCCAUCUAGUGUCAACAGUAGUACAAGCAGCGGGGUCGAUUUUAACGCAUCAGAUUGUUGAAAAGUAUAUAUUUAACUGCUUUACAAUCUUUAAAUACCAAUUUUUAAAUUAAUUUAUUAAUAUUCAGCUUUAAACUAGACUUUUUUUAUGUAUAAAAUAUGUUAUAAUGGAUAUACCGCGAGAAAAAAUUGUUCUACGAAUUAAAUUCACUGUCUAACAGUUUGUCAAACGAGUUAGAGGAGAUUUCGACAGACGACAUCCUUGAAAAAAUUACAGAAAAUUCAUUACUUACUAAUCAGAAUGUAAACCCAGAUUAAGAUUAGUAAGUAAUAUUCUUAGGACAAUAUUUUCAUUAAAAAAUCGCGAACAUAGUGCUUGUUCUAACACAACACAAUUAUUUUAAGUUGAAUUAAUUAAUGUAAACACUCUUAACAUUAUAAAUAAAAUAUUUAUCCAAUAUAUUGGAAAAAUUA